AUGGCAGUGGAUUUAGUCGGAGGGGGUAGUUUUAGAGUAGCAUUUCAAAUGCUAUUUGAUGCUGUUAUAGCAGUGAAGAAGGAGACUACCAUGUUUAAAUCUAUGCUUGGAGAUAUCAAAUCCACACUGGACUCUUUACAGCCAGUGAUCAAAGAGAGAGAAAAAUAUGACUCAAAGGAGGGGCUAGAAAAUUUUGCAAUGCAAAUGGAGGAGGGGGUAAAGCUUGUUUACAAAUGCAGCAAGGUUGGUGUGUGGAGCUUGUGCAGAAAAUACAGAUACACCAGAAAGCUUGAUGAAUUGGAUAAAUGUCUUCAAAGACUAGUGGAGGUGUUGAAAGUGCAGGGCAUAAGGGAUGUCAAGGAGACCUUGGUUUCUUUGAGGAAUAUAGAGACGGUGCUGCAUCGAAUUGAAGGGAACUUGGUGAUGCAAAACCAACCUGAAAAAAUCAAUGGUUGGUCUUCAGUGCCUGAACCUCCACCGGUUACAGUUGGGUUGGAUGUGCCAUUGAAAGAAUUGAAGAUAAAGCUUCUUAAGGAUGAUGUGUCAAUGCUUGUGCUGACUGCUGCUGGUGGAUGUGGGAAAACCACAUUGGCAAAAAAGUUUUGUCAAGAUCAGGAAGUUAAAGUGACACGUCUCUUAAAUCAUAUUUGGAUAGAUAAAUUCAAGAACAAUAUCUUCUUCGUCACUCUUUCAAAAAAGCCCAACUUGGACCUUAUUGUACAUGAGCUAUAUCAACGCAAGGGUUCCCAGGUGCCUGCUUUCAAAAAUGAAGUAAUUGCAGUUUACUGGUUGCAACUAUUUCUGAAGGAAACAUCACAAAAUCCUGUACUGUUUGUCCUGGAUGAUGUUUGGUCAGGAUCAGAGUCCCUACUUGAGAAGUUUGAUGAAUUCAAAAUGACAAAUUACAAAGUUUUGGUCACAUCAAGAUUUGCAUUUCCAAGAUUUGGUUCUCCAUAUCAUUUGGAAUCCUUGAAUGAUGAAGAUGCAAUGGCUCUUUUUCAUCAUUCAGCAUCUUUGGAGGAUAAGAGCUCUUAUGCUCGGGAAGAUCUUUCGAGAAAGAUAGUAGAGCUAUGUAAGGGAUUUCCACUUGCGAUUACAGCGGUUGGAAGAUCACUUCGCGGCCAACCUAUAGAGAUCUGGCGAAAAAGAGUAAUGGAAUGGUCUAAAGGUUCUUCUAUACUUGCGUCAAACAAUGAUUUGCUUGCUUGCCUCAAAAGCAGCAUAGAUGCCUUGGAUAAAGAAAAGCCUACCCUCAAGGAAUGUUUCCUUGACCUUUGCUCAUUUCCUAAAGAUCGAAGGAUCUCUGCUGCCACCCUCAUAGAUAUGUGGGCAGAGUUAUAUGGCCUAGACGAACCUAGUCUGUCCAUUGCAAACCUCUACGAACUAACCACCCAGAGUUUAGCUAAUCUUAUAGCCACAAGGAAUGAGCGGGACGCUGAUGGCUAUUACACUGAACACUUUGUCACUCAGCAUGAUAUGCUUAGAGAGUUGGCUAUCCAUCAGGCGAGCCAGGACCCAAUAGGACAGAGAAAAAGACUGAUUAUAGACAUACGUGGAGAUAAUCUUCCUAACUGGCUGACAGAGGCAAAGCAUCAGCCCAUGCAGGCUCGACUAUUAUCUAUCUCAACUGAUGGAGCCUUCUCAAAAAAAUGGCCAAACAUGCAACUACCAAAAGCAGAGGUUCUAGUUCUAAAUUUUGAAACAAACAGCUACGACUUACCCAAAUUUGUGAAGAAAAUGGAUAAAUUAAAGGUUCUAAUAGUCACAAAUUUCAGUUUCUUACCUGCUGAAUUAAAUAAUUUUCAACUACUUGGUUCAUCAUCAAAUCUGAAGAGAAUUAGAUUGGAACGCAUUUCAAUUCCUUCAAUAAGCAAGAACAUCAAACAGUUGGAAAGUGUGCAGAAGAUAUCUUUGUUCAUGUGUAGCAUCGGUCAAGCUUUUGGUAAAGGUUCCAUCAACAUUUUAGAUGCAUUGCCAAAUCUAGGCGAAAUGGACAUAGACUGUUGCCAUGAGCUGGUGGAGUUGCCUGUCGAGGUUUGUGAUCUCAUUCGCCUUAAGAAGCUUAGCAUCACCAACUGUCAUAACCUAUCCGCCUUGCCUGAAAAGAUUGGAAAGUUACUCAGUUUGGAAGUGUUGAGGCUUAGGUCUUGUACAGACUUGUUAGAGUUGCCAAGCUCGAUUAGGAACCUCAAAAAGUUAAACUUUCUCGACAUAUCCUAUUGCUUUAGCAUUAAGCAGUUGCCUGAACACAUUGGUGAGAUUUGCAGUUUAAAAAAGCUCAACAUGAGACAAUGCUCAAGAUUGCAAGAUCUCCCUGCAUCAGUUUUGGACCUUGAGCAGUUGAAGAAUGUGACAUGUGAUGAGGAGACUGAAAUUUUAUGGGAACCCUUCUUACCCCUUCUCAAAAACAUACACAUAAAGGUGCUCAAAGAAGAUAUCAACCUAAAUUGGCUCCACAAGCAUCCAUCUUGA